CAAUUAGUUACGGCGGAAUUAGGGUUUGUCAUGGCUUCAUCGAGUAGAAUAGACUACGAAAUCAUCAGUGAUCCGUUAAAUCCUAGAUGCGUGGUUGCAUGCUUUAACUACUCUAUCUUUGGAGAAGUGACCGAGGAGGAUAAACUUCUGUUGGAGAGGAUCCGAGGGAAAGAGGACGAUACGAGUCCAAAGUACACAGAUCAAGAGGAGCGCAAUCUCAUCAACAAACAGAUCAGGAAGUCACAGGGAUUUGACGUGGAUUUUUCCAAGUUCCGAUGCCUUUUCGAUUUCUACCCUUCGUUUCUUGAUGAAUGCCAUUCAACCUUAAUAACAGAAACCGAUAGGCAGUUUUUCGGAAGAUUGGCUCAGGAUUCCAUUGCAGAUUACAACGUUAGAGAGGGGACCAGUUUUGAAUUUGUUGAGGUCGAGAAAGCAAAUCUGUACAGGAAUAAAGGAUACAUUUACUUCAUCACGUUUGUAGCCAAGGAUUCUUGUGACAAGACCAAAGUCUUUCAAGCUAAGGUCUGCAAUGUUUUCUGUAGAGAGAUUGAGCACAGCUUCUGCAGGCUUAAACCCGGUCAGAAAGAAGAAUGCGAUGAAGAUUCUAAAAGAGUUGUGAAAAAACCAAAGUAUAACACAAGAUCGAACAAGCGUUUGGGUGUCAUUACCAAUGUGUCUUAGAUAAUGCAUCAACUGUCCUAUUUGAUGGGAUCCCAGCCGAUUAUUAGUAGUAGAUAAUCAUAACAAACGGCAUUUGAGCUCAUAAGCUUGAUGGGCCUAAAAGAUAAAGAAGCAAAUUCUUCCAAACAAACGUCAGAGCGCAAAAGCCCCUUUUUAAAAAAGUUUUGUGUUUUUUUGUUUUAUUUAAUAUAACUCUAGUUAACUUCUAUACUAUCAUAUUAGCUCAUUAUAUAUCUUUUAGCAAUGAAAAAAAAAAUAUAUAUA